AUGACAAGAGAUAUUACAAAUCAUUUACUUUUCGAAGUGGCUACUGAAGUAGCCCACAAAGUCGGUGGUAUCUAUUCCGUAUUAAAAUCAAAAGCUCCAAUCACUGUAGCUGAAUAUAGAGAACGUUAUACUUUAAUUGGUCCUUUAAAUUAUACUUCAGCUCAAAUUGAAGUUGAAGAAUUACCUGUCAAAGAUCCUUUAAUCAAACAAACCUUAGAUUCCAUGAGUGAAAGAGGUAUUCGUUGGUUAUAUGGUAGAUGGUUAAUUGAAGGUGCUCCAAGAGUUUUAUUAUUUGAUAUUCAUUCUGCUGGUCAUCUUCUUAAUGAAUGGAAAAAUGAUUUAUGGAAUAUCGCUGGUAUUCCAACUCCUGAUCAUGAUCAAGAAACAAAUGAUGCUAUUUUAUUAGGUUAUCUUGUCGCUUGGUUCUUAGGAGAAUUGGUUUAUAAUGAUAGAGAAAGAGCUGUUAUAUGUCAAUGUCAUGAAUGGUUAGCUGGUAUUGCUUUACCUUUAUGUAGAAAAAGAAGAAUUGAUGUUACAACUAUUUUCACUACUCAUGCUACUUUAUUAGGUAGAUACUUAUGUGCUGGUUCUACUGAUUUUUAUAAUAAUUUAGCUAAUUUUGAUGUUGAUGCUGAAGCUGGUAAAAGAGGUAUUUAUCAUAGAUAUUGUAUUGAAAGAUCAGCUACUCAUUCAGCUGAUGUUUUCACUACUGUUUCUCAUAUAACUGCUUUUGAAGCUGAACAUUUAUUAAAAAGAAAACCAGAUGGUGUAUUACCAAAUGGUUUAAAUGUGGUUAAAUUUCAAGCUGUUCAUGAAUUUCAAAAUUUACAUGCUUUAAAGAAACAAAAAAUUAAUGAAUUUGUUAAAGGUCAUUUCUAUGGUAAUUAUGAUUUUGAUUUAGAUAAUACCUUAUAUUUCUUUAUUGCUGGUAGAUAUGAAUUUAGAAAUAAAGGUUGUGAUUUCUUUAUUGAAAGUUUAGCCAGAUUAAAUCAUAGAUUAAAAGAAGCUGGUUCAAAUAAAACCAUUGUGGCAUUUAUUAUUAUGCCAGGUAAAACUCAUUCAUAUACUGUUGAAACUUUAAAAGGUCAAGCAGUUUUAAAACAAUUAGAAAGUACUAUUGAAGAAGUUCAAAAGAAAGUUGGUGAAAGAUUAUUUGAACAUUGUGCUAGAUUUAAUAAUACUCAUGCUCAUGGUUCAACUGGUAAUGGUGGUGAAGUUCCAUCUAUUGAUGAAUUAAUUAAACCAGCUGAUAGAGUGUUAUUAAAAAGAAGAAUAUUUGCAUUAAAGAGAGAUGGUUUACCACCUAUUGUAACUCAUAAUAUGGCAGAUGAUUCAACUGAUCCAAUUUUAAAUCAAAUUAGAAGAGUUCAAUUAUUUAAUAAACCGGAAGAUCGUGUUAAAAUUAUUUUCCAUCCUGAAUUUCUUAAUGCUAAUAAUCCAAUUUUAUCCAUUGAUUAUGAUGAAUUUGUUAGAGGUUGUCAUUUAGGUGUUUUCCCAUCAUAUUAUGAACCAUGGGGUUAUACUCCUGCUGAAUGUACUGUAAUGGGUGUUCCAUCUAUUACCACUAAUUUAUCUGGUUUUGGAUGUUAUAUGGAAGAUUUAAUUGAAAAUACUAGUGAUUAUGGUAUUUAUAUUGUUGAUAGAAGAAUGAAAUCAGUUGAUGAAUCUAUUAAUCAAUUAACUGAUUAUAUGUAUGAUUUUGCUGAAAAAAAUAGAAGACAAAGAAUUAAUCAAAGAAAUAGAACUGAAAGAUUAUCUGAUCUUUUAGAUUGGAAGAGAAUGGGUUUAGAAUAUAUUAAAGCUCGUCAAUUAUCUUUAAAGAGAGCUUAUCCUGAUAAAUUUAAAAAUGGGGCUAAUCCAUUUAAUAAUUCAUCAAAUUUGAAAUUAACUCGUCCAUUAUCAGUUCCAGGAUCUCCAAGAGGUAAAUAUGGUGUUAUGACUCCAGGAGAUUUAGGUUCAUUACAAGAAGCUCAAGAAUCUUUAAAUACUGAAGAUUAUAUUGGAUUUAAAUUAGGUGGUUUAGAAAAUGAAAAUAAUGUUGAAGAUGAAGAUGAAACCACUCAUUAUCCUUUAACUUUAAGAGGAACAUCUGCUCCACCUCAAGAUCAAGAUGAAUAA